CGCAGCUACAACAUGGUGCACUUUGGUCACGCCAACUCGUUACGUCAGGCCAAAGCCAUGGGCGACUACCUGAUGGUGGGGGUGCACAGUGACGCCGAGGUCACUGAGCACAAGGGGCCGCCCGUGUUCACCGAGGAGGAACGGUACAAAAUGGUGCGCGCCAUCAAAUGGGUCGACGAGGUAGUGGAAGCGGCCCCUUAUGUUACCACACUGGAGACUUUGGACAAGUACGGGUGUGACUUCUGCGUGCACGGAGAUGAUAUUACGAUGACGGCCGAGGGAGUCGAUACCUACCAUAUCGUCAAGGCAGCCAAUCGAUACAAAGAGUGUCAGCGUACACGGGGUGUCUCCACCACCGACCUGGUCGGACGGAUGCUGCUCAUGACCCGGACCCACUUCAAGACUGGUAAGGACGAGUACUCUGUUGACCUGCCGCCGGAGCCGUCCCUGGAGCACGGCGCCACGGCACACAGCCCGUGGACGGGCGUCACUCAGUUCCUGCCCACCACGCGGCAGCUGAUCCAGUUCUCAUCCGGACGGGCGCCCAAGCCCGGUGACCGUGUGGUGUACGUGGCCGGCGCGUUUGACCUGUUCCACGUCGGUCACCUGGACUUUUUGGAGAAGGCGGCGGCCGAGGGCGACUUUCUGAUCGUUGGACUCCACACGGACCCCAUUGUGAACCGCUACAAGGGCUACAACUACCCGAUCAUGAACCUGCACGAGCGGACGCUCUCUGUUCUGGCGUGCCGCUACGUGGGUGAGGUGGUGAUCGGCGCCCCGUACGCGGUCACCGCCGAGCUGAUGGACCAUUUCCGGGUGGAUGUGGUGUGUCACGGCCACACGCCCGUGGCGGAGGAUGUCGACGGAUCAGAUCCCUACUUGGAACCCAAGAGACGCGGCAAGUUCAAAUCUCUCGUGUCUGGAAAUGACAUGACCACGCAGAAGAUAGUGGAGAGAAUCAUCGAGCACAGGAUGGAGUUCAUGCUACGAAACCAGAAGAAGGAAAAGAAGGAGCUGGCGGCCUACGAGGCGUUCGAAAAGUCUAAACAGACGGAGCGAGCGGACCACGCGGGUGACCAGUGAUGGAGCCUGGGGGGUGGGGUGGAUCGGAG